GCGGAGGCGGAGGAGAGGCCUGCGGCGGCAGGGCGCGGCGGGGCCGGGAGCGGGCGCCGGAGCUGAGCCGAGCCGGAGCGGGCGGCGAAGGCCGCCUCGGCUAGCAGCAACCAUGUCGGUGUUCGGGAAGCUGUUCGGGGCUGGAGGGGGUAAGGCCGGCAAGGGCGGCCCGACCCCCCAAGAGGCCAUCCAGCGGCUGCGGGACACGGAGGAGAUGCUAAGCAAGAAACAGGAGUUCCUGGAGAAGAAGAUCGAACAGGAGCUGACGGCCGCUAAGAAGCACGGCACCAAAAACAAGCGCGCGGCCUUACAGGCGCUGAAGCGCAAGAAGAGGUACGAGAAGCAGCUGGCGCAGAUUGACGGCACGCUGUCCACCAUCGAGUUCCAGCGGGAGGCCCUGGAGAACGCCAACACCAACACUGAGGUGCUCAAGAACAUGGGCUAUGCCGCCAAGGCCAUGAAGGCUGCCCACGACAACAUGGACAUCGAUAAAGUCGAUGAGUUAAUGCAGGACAUUGCUGACCAGCAAGAACUUGCAGAGGAGAUUUCAACAGCUAUUUCAAAACCUGUAGGAUUUGGAGAAGAAUUUGAUGAGGAUGAGCUCAUGGCAGAAUUAGAAGAACUAGAACAGGAGGAGCUAGACAAGAAUUUGCUGGAGAUCAGUGGACCCGAAACAGUUCCUCUACCAAAUGUUCCCUCUAUAGCCCUACCCUCCAAACCUACCAAGAAGAAGGAAGAGGAGGACGACGACAUGAAGGAAUUAGAGAACUGGGCCGGAUCCAUAUAACUGGUCCAGUGCAGGCUGGGCCCAGACAGACUCUGGUGGCCUGCGCUGUGGGCAGGCGCUGCGUGUGCGGGCAGGCAGGAUGUGGUGCAGGCAGCCUCCAUCGCUCUCAAUCUCACUCCAAAGCAGCAGCAGGCCGCAUCGCUGCUCACUCUCGCAGAGCAUGGUCUGCGCCCAGUGGGAGGGCGGGGGGA